CCCGGCAAGAUUUUGAUCUAGAGAAUUCUAGAAAGCAACCGAGGCUUUUCCUUGCACUCCUUUUUACUGAAACAUAACUACAUCUUCGCUUUUCCGCUUUCUUCAUUCUUUUCGCGAUUGUCCUUGUGAUCACUGUUUGUUCUAGAACAUCCAAUUAAGGUUUCUCUAUUUCCCCGCAUUCUGCACUUUUGCGUCGAUUUAAUUUCCGCGGAUUUAAAAGGAAACAAAUGGAGAAUUACACUGAAAUUAAACUCAAACGUAAGGAUUUGGAAGAAUUUAAUUACGAUUUUUCCGAUUUCAGUCUCUCCGCUCCUGCUCGUAAAAUACGUCGUCUGGAUGUGGAUUUGUCACCGUUGAUGGAAGAGGAGGCAGAUGUUCAGAUGGGGUUAGAACAAGGGUUACCGGAAAGGACAGUGAUCAAUGGUUUGGGAAACCGAUUGAAGCCGGUGAUUGUUGAGGAACUGCCGUCUGUUCCGGAGAACGAUGAGAAAGCCAUUGUUUUGUUCCAACCGACGAACAAUAACCCUCUUGUAUGCUCUCAGGGAAUGUUUUCUGUUGAUGCAAAUCUGAUAUCCUGUUUUAAAAAUCAAGUUUUUUGGGGUAGCAAGCUCAACUCUUCAAGACUUAAAGAUGAGGAUGAUGAUAACGUUCAGGAUGAUGUAUGCAAAGCAGUCAUCCCUUGGGUACCUUCUCAUACACUCAACCCAUUACCAGAAAUACAAACGGAGGUGUCAGAUUCAAUGGAAGCAGAUGAAAUUGAGGCAUCAACUAUGGAGAUUGAGAAUGCAAAUGCAACAAAUGUUGGAUACAACAAUCUUUAUAGGCAUAACGACGGAAUGCAACAUCAAAUGCAUCAACAACUUCAUUGCAUGUUUCCUCAACCUCCUCAAAAUAUCACAACUCCUAUUGUGUGGUACAGGUGAUCGAUACUGUCAACUAACAAUGUAGGUUGAAAUUUGUAGGUUAGAAGAAGUUUUGUGUGCUCUGCCUGGAUGAAUUGAUGGACCUUCCGUAGUGUAAAUGUUUCACAGAACAGCAGCUGUUCUGCUUCAAGUACAGAAUUUUCAGAUGAUCUGGUUCUUCUUGUCAAGUGUGGAUGAUUCUGGAGGGAAUGUAGGCCGUUAAUAUUUUGUUAAAUUUUGGCAAUCUCUUAGAAAAGAUGGAGUAUUGCCAAUAAAUAGCUGACUAAGAGAAAACUCUGAAAAUGGGAUUUUUUUUCUCACUGGGAGAAGUAAUCGCCUUUUAGUUGAAGUUUGAUCUUUACUUAGCCCUAUCUUCUUUUGUGAGUCUAUUAAAAAAAAGUAUAUUAUGAUUGUGCAUUAUUGUUUAUGUCUCUUUAAUUUGAUACUCAUAAGUUAACAUUUGAAGUGAUAGCUUUCUGUUACUGUUAUAACAAAUUUAAAUGGAUAGCUAAAUAUUUAAUUUUGUUAUAUGUAGAGCUGUUCAAAACAAACCCGACCCGGAAUCGAAAAUUAUCCGACCUGAAAAAAUGGAAGUUUUUUAGGUUUACCGAACCGCAAUUACCCGAACCGAUACUUCACUCGAACCGUUUGAUAACCGAAAAGGGCAAAAUCGAACUCGAACUGCAACCGAAUUUUAUAACCGACAUAUAAACCUUAACCGAUGUUACCCGAACUGAACAGUGAUCGACCCGAGUCAAAUCCGACCCGAAUUAUGCACGUAACCGAAUGUAACCUGACUAAAACCGAU